AUGGAGAGGAUUGAGGAGUAUAUAAAUGGUAAGCUCAGGGAGUAUAAAAUAAAAGUGGAUGUGAGCUCUGUAGUUGAAGAGCUUGCAUUGUCGAACAAGAUAAACGAGUUUAUGACACCGAGUUCUGUAUAUACUGUGUUUCUGAUGCACCUGGGGAAGGAUGACGAGAUGUACAAAUCCAUUCUUAACGGAGAGUAUCUGUUCGACAUUGAGGCUGGGCUGAAUGACAGAGAGUCGUUAUAUUGCGACAGAGAGCUUAAGAAAAAGAUUACGAAGAUUUAUGGAGAAAGGGCCAGAUAUGUUUAUGUCAGCACCUCGGGAAGUAAGCAUUUUAUUGGGAUAAGGCUCAGUGACAAGGGAUACGAGCCCAUAGCAGGGCAUGGCGGUCCUGAGUGUGCGAUUCCAUACUUCCUACUGGUUGACGGGUUAAAAGAAUUUGGAAUUGGUGACUUUGAAUGGAACGAGGUGAUAUUCGGGUAUAGGGUUACGGAAGAUGAGAGAUCGAAGUACAUUGAGAUUCUUGAGCAUGUUAAGAAGAUGAGGCUUCCUGUCCAAAUAAUCGAUAGCGAUGCAAUGCACAUAUCUACGUCGGUGAUGAAUGUCCAUGAGUGUUAUCUACAUUGUGGAUCCUAUGCAAAUUGGCCAGAGGAUGAAGAUGCCCUCAACUGUGCUAAGACUGCCCUAUACUGCUUGAUAUACAAGAGAAGCAAGUAUAGAAGUGCCAUUGGAUACGAUUAUGUCCUUUUGAAGUACAGAGGCUCGUACUUCAAGUUUAAGAUUAUGAUAAGAAGAGACAUAAAGGCAGAAUUCAGGGUCAAUGCCCGAAUAUCUGAGAUUAUUAGUCAAGAGUCCGACAUAUUUAAGAAGAACGUGAGGUUUGUCAAGGCGUUUCUGGAUUGCCACGGGUAUUUCCCUGUAUACUUUGAUGACAGACUUAUAGAGCUGAUAUGCUUGAUGGUGGGGAAAGAAAUAAGCUCGUUUGGAAGGUUUUUCAACGAGUUUCUAGGAUACAAAAUCAAACUGGAGGGUCUAACAUUCAAUUUAGAGACACUGAAGAUUACAGAAAACAAAAACAAGAGGUUUGAGGUAGUAUACCAGCAUGAUGUGGUAGUUGUGAGAACUCCACCGCCGAAGGUCAUCCAGAGACUGAACGGGCUGAAGAAGGCUGUUAUGGCACAGAAGAUUGAGCUUUUUGAUGGAAACCUCCGUCUGCAGACUAACAAGCUGUUACAGCCGUUUUUCAAAGACUACGACUUUGUCCUCAGUCUUUCUGAAAGGCCAGGCUUUAGUGAGGUUAAAGACAAGGCAAAGCAGGAGUUUUUGUUUGGGGUGCCUCUUGUUGAGGAGCUCCUUCUUCCCAGCCUGAAGAGCAAGGGAUACUUCUUCUACUCUUCAAGACACUCUGUUCUUAUGGUCAAGGUUAACGAAGAAUACAGCCCGGAGGAGUUACUUUAUUUCCUGCUGCUGAGGACAGGAUUUAGAUAUUUCCUCAGAAAUUUCUAG